AUGGCUGGCACCAAAUGUGUUAACGCUGGCUGGAUUCAUAUUUGUUAUGUUCGCAUUUUUGGUCGUCUCAUAUUACGAUUAUUAUGAUCUAUCCCCAGUUGGAUCUGGUUACUGUGCUCGAUUUGUACCUUUCUAGGACAUACGUUAGACGGUACUGAUGGUAAGCAGGCGCGUCGCAUAGGAGCAUCCGGACCGACUGGUGAACUUUUUGAUCAUGGUUUGGAUUCGUGGUCUACAGUUCCAAUAACACUGACUACUUUUUCCAUCUUUGGUCAAGGUGAAUUUAGUUUAUCACCGACACGACUUCUUUUGGUUCUGAUAAGCGUUCAAGCAGUGUUUAUCGUUUCACAUUGGGAAAAAUAUAACACCGGAAUUUUAUUUCUCCCGUGGAAUUAUGAUUUGAGUCAAUACGGACUUAUGUUAUUUUACUUAUUUGCAUUCUUCAAAGGCGAUGAGUAUUUCAAGUUUUAUGUUUUCGGCGAUUUUACAUUGGCCGUUUGUUUUGAAUUUAGUUUCUAUGUUUGUUGUUACUUGUCGUUAAUGGUAUCAGCUCGAAACAUUUAUCUAUCUUAUUUUAUAGACCACACUGGAAAACAGGACAAUUUUUACGAAAUAUGCUUACCUCUCUACCCAUCCUUGAUUUUGUUUUCAAUUUCGAUACUUUGGGCCUUGUAUUCUCCGGGAAAAAUUGCUGAACGUGAUCCUCGUCUUUAUCUCUACACUAUGGGAACUGUUUUUUCGAAUAUUGCAUGUAAACUGAUCAUCGCGCAGAUGUGCAAUAGUCGAGCGGAAAUAUUUAAUUUAUGCCUAGCAAUAUAUUCGUUCGUUGCAAUGGCAUCUUUAUUGGGUUUUUUAUCAACUUAUCAGGAAUUGAUUUUUUUACGACUUGCUGUCAUUGUCAUAACUCUCGCUCACUUGCAUUUUGGAAUUUGUGUGGUACGUCAACUAUGUGAGCAUUUUAAAAUCUAUGCUUUCUCACUGCAUUAUUUACAACAAUCAUCAAAACAUCGCAAUGAAUGA